UGUUCUGUUCCUCCGCCCUAGACACCGAACAGACCGGACAUCAGUACACACACACGCUCUGGGAGAGACUCUGAACGACAAACAUGAGGUCGUCGCUAUGUCAUGGAAUAACAUUUAAACAGAAAAAGAAAUCUUGAAAUUUGCUUUCAGGGUGGAGCUCUUUUGGCAGGUCUCUUUCCCCCAUCUGGGAUACGGUGACCGGGCGAUCAGCGCAAGAGAAUGAAAUCCCAUGAGGGAAACCUGGGGAGAGAGAUCUCUAAGGUUCAUGGGAUGGUGUGUGAGUUGAGGGCAGGGUUUUCUCGUGCGCUGCUGGAGCUCAAUCAGAUUCAGCAGGGAGACACGGAGCUGCAGAGCCAGCUGGAGGACACGCGACAUGGCUGCAACAAGCGUGCUCUUCACCUUGAAAGUCUGGUGCUGUCCGUCAAGGAUGAGUUGGAGGAGGUACGUAGUCAGUUUCGUCAGCUCUGUGUGGCACAAGACAGACAACCACCAGAGAAUCCCGGAGGAGAAAGUAAUGGAGUUGAUGAUAGUAACGGACAGUGUGAUGGUGCUGCAGUAGCUCCUCCCCCUUCGUCUGUGGAUGGAGCUCUUCUUAUAAACUGUUACCUGCAGGGCUUGCGAGUGUGGCAAGCGGCCAGACAGAAUACAGGCAGGAGACGGGUAGUCGUUGAGAUGCUUUUGCGAUCCGAAAGGGAAUAUGUAUCUAGUUUGAAUCAGCUUUAUGACAAAUACAAAUCAGCACCAGCCAGCGCAGCUGAGAAACAGAACAGUGUGGAAUUUGUGAAGCACGUUGAUCAGAUGCUGCAACGCCACUUGCUGUUCCGCAACACCCUAGAGGAACGUCUGACCACGGAUGAGAGAAGCUGCGCGGCUGGAGAGGCUUUUCUCAACCUCACAGGACAAAAUAAUAAAUCUUUCUCGGAGGCGUAUAUUGGAUAUGUGUCUGGUUUGGCAGCCAUUCUGACAACAGAGUUCAGCACCAGUGAGCACAACAAUCCACAAAACUCAAAGGAGACAGAGAACUUCAGAUUGCUCGCACUGUUGUUUGCUCCCGUUUCCCGCAUCCACGCAUACCUGAACAUCACACAGGCUCUGUUACACAGUUCUGGUGCUGGGCAUUCAGACUGGUGCUCACUGCAGGAAAGUGAACGGGUGCUGCGGAAUCUCUGCACAAGCUGUCACAUGACCUUAGAGAAGGCGGGGCCAUGGGAAGAGGGGGCGGGUUGUGAACAAGGUUUUAGAAACAGGUGCUGUCCCGAGAGCCCCGACUGUGGCCCUUCCGCCUUUACCAAGUACUGCACCCGUGCCAACGCAGACACAGCCAACAACACAGCGGGCACAGACGGCACUGUUCACCAGAGAAAGUUCUGUCGUGUUGGCCUUUCACAGACGCUACCUCGGCCCAGCGGCAUCUUGAGAAAUGUCCGUGAGUAUAUAUGUGAACCACCCCCUGGUAGCUGGUCUGCACAGUACAUGUGGAAUGGCCGUGGACGUCAGAAGCACGCACGUCCUGUCUGUGCACCCUUCCCUCAUCACCCCAUAGAGCCCAGCCAGUUUUUAAAUCCUGGACCACCUGUUGGUGGAAACCUUCCCACCGCUGUCAAGAGUCCAAACUCCUCUGAUAAUCUUGCCGUACGUGUAUGUGGGUCUCCGGGACUCGAUGGACGCGUAUACACAUCUGACCCUCCGCCUCAUCGCAUGGAUGACGGAGACACGGAUUGUGACCUGGCCGACACCUCCGUCUUUGACUUUUCUUCCGUGACGACCUGCAGCCCUGAUGAGACCCUGGAACGGCUCAGGAGGGCUGAGGCUUGUGAUGAGGAAGAUGAUGAAGAAGACAGCGAGAUUCCAGUUCUCCUCAAACCAUCAUACACUCAUAACACUGCAACCGUGCAGACGGGAGGGAACUUAUGCAUGCCGUGGCAGAUUCCAAGACGGGUUCCUAUUCCUUCUGAGGUGCGAAUUGCGGGGCAGGGAAAAACACGCAAGCCAAAAGUACCCAGAAUACCCACCAGUGCCUUUCGGCCAAUAUGGGACCCAGCAUAUUCACAGGGGGAUGUGACUCCUGCAAAAGAGAACUCCGUGACUUUCAGUACAACCAAUCAGAUCAUCAGUCAGCAGCAAGAGACUGACCAAUCACGGACUGCAUUUAGAGGUGCUGGUGUUCAGAGAGCUGAAGCAGUUUGGCAUGACAGUGAAGACAGCGAAGGACCCUGCAGUACAGUCUGACAAACUCCCAAAACAAGCCAAUAUACAACUGAUAUUAAUGAGAAGGCACCAGGAAACGAAUCAACUUCGACCUCAAAAAUCGAAGUGAUGACAGUCUUCACUGUGAACUGACAUGCAGAACCAGCAUGCUCACACCUGCAGAACAGUUCCUUUAGAUCACUACUGGAAUGUUUGAUUUUUCUAUAAGAACAACAGCACGUUUCAUUAGUCAGUGAACAACACUUGUAACAGAAUGAAUA